GAAGUAUUUGUAGUGGUACUUGUAAUGAGAAUUAUAAGCUGCCAGUGCUAUACACGAUGUUUGUAAGAAAGAAAUAUCGUGGGAAAGACUCUGGGCUAAUCAUGUUGGAAGACUUUGUGAAUUCCUUUACUGGAGAUGCUCUUGGCCUACGAUACCCGCUGUCAUCUUUCAUGUUCACAGUUUGUAAGCAAUAUCUUGAGAAGUACCCUGGGAAUCGUAACCUUUUGUGGGAAGUGAGGGGAGCAGGAUUUUCGUUCCAGAGAACAUCCAUCGUAUCUAAACUGCAAAAGGAAAGGGUCACAAUUGCAGACCCUAACAUAGCUCCUGUUUCCAUUCGGAUACGAGGCAGUUGUUUAAAACGUCCCAAGACAGGAAAAAGUCACCAGGAAUCUGAACCUGGGACUUCCCAAGGAGGUAAAGAAAGUGCUCCUCAUGUGUCAAAAAUCAGGGUAGAAUUUCAUCCCCAUACAUCUGAAGACUUAGUAGAAAUACCUGAGAAUAUUGUUGAGACAGAUGAAGAAACCAUUGUUGAAAAUGAGGACCAGCCUGUAUCAGAAGCGGAGCUACAUGUGUCACCCUCUGAGAAACGGAGUGAAAAAGAGGAAAUUCCAUCAGACUCUCUUAAUAGUGAGGUAACAGAGGAAACUGAUAAGACCUCACUUAUGGCUGAAGAGGAAACAGGAAAUGAAGUUUUAAGUGGUGAAUCACAAUUGAAGGCUGAGAGUCAAGAAGAAACCGCAGUAGUGGCUGCUCCUUUAAUCCAUGAUUCUUCAGCAGAAUCUUCGGAAGACACUAUAGUAGAGAAGGAUCUGAAUGCAAGUGAUUCAGAAGUGCAGACUGAAGGAGAUACGUUAGUGGAGGAGGGUGGCACUGAAGAACAGCAAGAAGCCGAAAAGACCACCACUGAAAAUGCAGCUGCUUCAGCUUCAAAGGAAGAUGCCUCUGGCAAUGACCUGCCCAGCCCUAUGGUACCUGAAGCAGCAGAAGAAUCUCUCUCUGAAAAUCUGUCACCCAAAACAUCUUCCUCAUUAGAAGAUCAAAAUGAGGAAGCAGGGCAGAACUCACAGGAGGCCCCUGUUGCUGUGAGUCAGAGCUCUUUGAUAGUGGUUGAACUCGAGAAUUUUUCUUUUCAGCAGCCUUCUGGACAGGAAGAACAGAAGAACCAGUUGGAAGAGCACUCAGAGUCUGUUGAGCGGAUGGAUCAGUACACACAGACAGCAGUGGAGCAGGCUGCUGACAGUAGCUCUGAGGAGGCAGAAAUCGAGGUACCUGUUGUAGAUCGGAGAAGCUUGCGAAGAAAGGCCAAAGGCUACAAAGGUCCAGCGAAGAAAAAAGGGAAGCCAGCUUAA